CUUGGUUUAUCGAUCUGUUUAUAGGAAGCGUCACGUGACCAAGGAUAGGUGACACAUGAUCGAAAGAUGGGCACUGUUGUUGUUGCAACUACUCCGAACAAGAUGUCGAAGGACGAUAUUUUGUUAGAAGGCGACUUUGAAGUGUUUCCAAGAGACAAAGUGUUGUAUCACGUCGAGUGUUCGCGCACAGGAAUAUCGUACUAUCCAAAAGGUGGCGAGAGAUCGAAGAAAACAUUGAAAUACAUCCAUUUUGGCGAUGUCACUGGCUGCAGAUGUCGAAAAUCGUUGGAUCAAAAACACUCGAACAAAGCCUACCUGACAGUGUUCCAUUACCCUUUGAAAAAGAAAUUGUUCGGUGAGAAAUGCGUACGUUCCAAACAACAUAUCACAUUUUCCAGAAGUGCGGACGAAUCGUUUGAUAGCAACAGGAAAGUAAAUGAGAAAUGGAGACGUGUCAUUUUACGUUUAUGUCAAGGUCUGACAGUGCUCAAAACAGAUGUAGACAAAUGUUCAGUGCCAGAAAAGAAGAGACUGCUGGUCUUGGUCAACCCCCACAGCGGUCCUGGCAGGGCUAUGCAGAUAUACAAGGGGCAGGUAGCCCCCAUGCUAGACGAGGCCGAUAUCAUAACCACUGUCAUCGAGACUGAAUAUGCAGGUCAUGGCACAAAGCUUAUGAAGUCAUUUAAGCGUGAAGACUACAAUGGCGUUGUUAUCGUGUCCGGUGAUGGGCUGAUAUAUGAGGUUGUGAAUGGAUUGAUGGGUCGCAGUGACUGGGAGGACGCAAUGAAGAUUCCCAUUGGCUGUGUCCCAGGCGGCUCUGGUAACGCCCUGGCCUGUGCCAUCAACUAUUCUGCUGGAGAAUCCAUCGAGACCGACCCAGUUUUACAUUCCACGUUCAUUCUCGUCAAACACAAAGUCAUUCCCAUGGACUUGGUGAUGAUCGAGCAGCCGAAGACCAAGAUUUUCAGCUUCCUGUCCGUCUGUUGGGGCCUGUUGGCGGACAUUGAUUUCGAGAGCGAGAAAUUCCGAGCUAUCGGAGAGGCGAGGUUCACCCUACAGGCCAUACUGCGUAUUAUGUCUUUAAGGAAAUACAAGGGUCGCCUUUCCUUUCUCCCUCUUACAGAAUACAUUCCAAAAUCUUCCAACAACAACAUCGCAAAGUCUGCUCAAACUCCUCAGAAAAAUCGCCGAGUGUCUCUGGAUGACUUCGGAAACUCCAACGGUAGUGGUGAAGAAAACAGGCUCCGAUCAAAAUCUGUCCCAUCUAAGCUAUAUCGUGGUAAACUCGUUAGUUCUCCUGAAAUCGACGAAGAAGACUGUGAGGAGAAAUUGGCAGACUUUCGUGAAUCAUUUGUUUCCGGUGAUUUUGAACCACAAAUUUUGGGUCCAAUGGUUGUGAAUGGGGGACCACAUGCUGAUGUGGAUGUUAAGUUUUCACUAGAAAGCAAUGAGGUGUUCACAUCAGGAGACGGGGAUGCAAAUGACACUUCGAGCAUCAGUAGUUUACAAGAGAUUUUACGAGUAUCCAAAUCAAAAGACGGCAAGUUUCCGUCAUUUCUGCCGGCUUUGGGCGAGCCUUUGCCGUCAGACUGGGUCACUUUAGACGAGGAAUUUGUGACAGUUUGUGCAUCAUAUCAAACACAUCUGGGUAGCGACCUUAUUAUGGCCCCUGAUGCACGAUUUAACGAUGGCAUCAUUCACUUGACUUUCAUAAAAGCAGGAAUUCAGAAGGGCGAACUAAUUCAGUUGAUGGGUAUGCUAGAGAAAGGAACACAGAUCGACCACCCGUCACCAAAUUUUGAGUUUGUGAAAUGCCUGGCUUUCCGGCUUCAACCCGAGGGUGAACAUGGCGUGAUAAUGGUUGAUGGGGAAAGAGUUGAUUAUGGGCCAUUGCAGGGUCAAAUUCUGCCUGGUAUGGCAAAUCUAAUGGCGAUACAAUAGGUGCUAUGGUCUUAAUUUUGAUUUAAACAAUGCUUUGUUGAGAGGUAGUUAACCCUUAUAAUUGUCAGCGCUGGUGAAUCAGAAUAUAAAAGGUUUAUGUUUGAAAAUUCAAUAAGUUAUUAUUCUUUAAUCCAAUAAAGACACAACACUUUGAUAUAUUAAUAAUAAAAUAAAAAUGUCAAUAGACAAUCUUAUAUUAGCAAUAGUUAUUGAUUUUCGUAUUAAAAAGUGAAAAAUAAUGCUGUUAAUUUAUUGAUUUAUAAUCAUACAUUUCUGUUCCAGCUUAUCUUAUGUAUUUCUUUUUAAAAUAAGUAAUAACAUAUCAUUUUUGUUCUUUACUUAUCUAACUUUGCAUUGGCAUUAUAAUUGCUAAUAUUCAGACUGUUUCUAUUUAAGAACCUCAUAUAUACAUGUGUUAUAUAAAAUUGUUUUCAGAUCUAUUUGGGCUAGCUAAGAUAUAUCAUAAACAAUAUGUAUGCAUUUGAGCGAGAAAAAAGUGUGUUUUUCUCAUUAAAUAUCCGUCACAUAUAAUUUCUUACUUGACUAAGGAUAACAAAUGUGAUAUUUAAGUCUAGGUCAUGUAAACUGAAAAAAUAACAACUUUUGAUGUAAAUGUUAGUAUUUUUAACUAGUUUUGUUUAUACUAAAUAUGUUAAUAAUUGUGUUGGCAUGUUUGGUUUAUACAGUUUUUAAUUUGAAAUAAAAAUAUAUUGUUUGAAUAAAUUUAACAAAUACCUAACAAUGAUCUUUAAAGGGUGACUUGUUUGGAGUAGAAUUAAAGCAAAAUAUUUUUUUUUUAAUCCUUGCAAAUGUGCUUCUGAAAUUUGUGUUAAAGCGGCUCAGCAAUCUAGUUUAUUAAUCUAUGUUCUAUUAUAUAUGGUUGUAUCACAUUCAGUUUGUUUAAUUUGGGCUUGUUGUGCAUAUUAAUUAACAACAUUGCUUGGGUAAUGUUUCAAUGAAACGUUUAUGAAGGUCUGAAGCAUUAAUGUGGUGUAUGGACCAUCAUUACUUGAUAAGCAAAUUUUAAAACAACCCUGUAAAAAAAACUUUUAUGUAAAGGUAUAUUAUCAGUCUCAAUUCAAUUUCAUACAGGUAAUGGUGAUAUGUGACACAUGGUGUACAUGACAGUAAUUGCAGGCCAAUAAUGAUGAUAAACAUCUACAUCAUUGUAAUUCUACAGUUGACAAACCAUAAAAAUUAAUCCUGGUGUAAUUACAACAUCUGUAAAUAAAAUUGACAAUUAUUUAUUAUAAGCAUUAUUAUUAAAAUGUUAAUUUACGUAUGGCGUUGCAUUUAUGUAUUUGCAAACAGAAAAACGAUAAAUUAAAAAUGUUAUCUUAUAAAGAAUAAUAAACUGAAACAAGUAUUAAAAGUGUUAAGAUUUUACAUGGUUUAUUUGUGUCAGGUCGGCUUAACCAACUGUCAAGUCAACAUAUGUACACAUGUUGGAGUACUCAUGCAAACAAAACUGUUUGUUGAUUUAUAGAUAGAUAAAUUUAUUUCGGUAUCAUGGUGCAAACACAAUUAACAAACAUGUUGCAUUCAUAAAAUAAUACAUAACAAUACAAACAUGAGUUUUAACCAUGUCAUGCAACCCAGUACCAAGGAUAGCACAAAAAAGAGAGUGGUCUCUUAUCAAGAGAGUUCUGAUUAAUGUACUUUUAAAAAGCAAUGUUAAUUUUCACUACUAAGUCAUUAAAAAAAAUCAGCUAUGUGAAUAAAUUUGAGUUGGUAAAUUGAAUUGAUGUCAUUAAAUUUGUUGAAAGAUCUAAGUAAACACAUAAACAAAUUGUUAUGUGGGUUGAUAAAGGACAUUCCUUGAACCCAACCUUAUUGAAAAUUAUAUGACAAAUAUAAUCAACCAUCCUCAAUGCUUACUUAAUUUGAAGUACCUGUAAUUCUUAUCAAUUUGUUUCAAUCUUUCACUUGCCUCUUAUUGUAGGACCAUACUUGAUCAUAUAUGUUUAUAUGUUUUGAGCUACAAAUUUUGUCACAGCUUAAAUUUGUCAUAAAACAUGACAGGGGCCCAGUUAACAUAACCUUUUCCCACUUAGAAGCAAAGUUAAGAUGGAAAUGAAGCCUAACAAACUUGAAACAAGUAAGAAAGGUCUUAAAUAAAAUGUAACUUUCUGAGAGACUUUAAAAGCGUCAAAAUACAUAUCUAAGAGGUUAAGGGUUAACAUUCUCAGGCAAUCAUGGGAAGCAACUCUAUUACAGGGUCAGAAAGGCAACAACUCUGCAACAGUGUUGGUAGAACUUAUUACUCAAAUGGGAAUAAUUCUAAAACAGGGUCUUUGCUCUAAAGCCUCAAGGUGAGCAACUGUGAAACAGGGUAUUUGAUUUUCUUAACAUAUGCAUAUGUUUUUUUCAUUCCAUCUUCUUCAUUCCUUAUGUAAUAUAUGGCUUAAUUUGUUUAAGACUUAAUUUCAUUUUCUCAGAAUUGACAGCUCAAAUUCAGUUUCAAACUUGGUCACUGUGUUGUUGUUUUAUUGUGUGUGUUUUUUAUGCUCCCUUCUUCGCAGAAGGCACCAUUUAACAGUUGCUUCAUCUGUCUGUGCAUCUGUCUGUCUUCCAGUUUCUUGUCACAAAAUUGCCAUGUGUAAAUGGAUUUUGAAAUAAUUUGGCACAAAAAAACAACCAUAGUGAGUAAAACGAUGUGUUGUGUGUAACAAAUGGCUCCCUACCUCAAAGGUUGAAUUUGGCCAUAAAUUGGCUUGUCUUGCCUUUAAUUUUGUCAUUAAUCUUAAACUGAUUUUAAAAAUACCUUAACAUAAAUGUCCAAAAUCAGGAGAUGGCGUGUUGUGUGUACCACAUGUCUCCUUACCUCAAAGGUCAAGGUCACACUUAGAGGUGACACUCUUAAAAGCCAUAAAACAUCCUGUCUCACUCAAAACUGCCAUUUAUUGAUCCAUUUGAAGCAACAUGACAAAGUUGUUAACCAUCUGAAUCCUAUGUGUCGCAUGCCUUUGUACCCCAAUGGUCAAGGUCGUACUUAGAGGUCAAAAGUCUAAUUUGAGCAUGAAACAGCUUGUUUUUUACACAAGUGGAGCUUUGAGUAUGGGGCAUCCAAGCCUUAUGGGCACAUGGCGUAUUAAAUAAAAAAAGGCAUGAAAUAACUUGAUGAUGCAUUUAAUUAAUAGUUUUUAUUUUGGUUGCAUAAUUUGCAUAAGAAGGUUGUGUCUGAAUAAUUAAAUGAUGGUUAACUGGUAUCCUGCCCUUAAUACAAAAAAACCACUAGCUAAAGGUUUAUUAAACAGAACUGAAAGUUUAUUGAUCCGUGCUGGGAGUUGAUAAAUCAGAACUGAUAAAAAAAAAAGAUUGUCAAAUCAGAUUUUGUAUUUUAAUUCCGGUGUUUACACUCGUCAGUAUAAAAGCAAAGUAUCAGAUUCAGAUAAAUCUGAACACUUGUUUGCUACGCUGUGCAAAGGGUAGGGAACUUCUCUUUGUCUUCUUAAGUGCUAGUUUGACUGCACUUUUAUUUAUUUUAUAAAGGAAGAUACCCAAGUUUCAGGUUAGCAUAUGUUUUGCUUGUAAUAUAAGGCUUUAUAAUUAAGCCAGCAUGACAUUGUACUAGAUGCUCAGGAUGUUAAAGACAAAUUAGGGUGAUGACUUCAUUACUUUAUUUUUUUGUCAUAAUUUGUUUAUUUACUUUUUAUUGGUUGCAAUUUUACAUGACUGUGUACAAAUCAUGUACCUCUUGUUUGCACUGGCCUUUAGGCUACUUACUGUUGUAUUAACAUCUAAGACAUAUUUAUGACACUUUUAUUUUGUCAAUUAACUUUGAAUUCUUGUAUAUGUAUUCUAUCCUAUAAUAUUGCAGUCAGUUACAUGUAAUUGUACCAAUUAUUUAUUUACUAUAGUAAAAGAAAUGUAUUGUUCUAUUGUUGUUUGUAAUCCAUGGAUUUACCGGUUGCAGAAUGUAUACUGUAAUUAUUGUAAAUUUUCGGGCACUAUGUUUGGAACACUUUUUUAGCUACAAUAAUUACUUUUGUGCUUCUCAUUUUAAGGACAACCCGAUAUUCCCCUAUUAUUAAUGACUCUAAAGUUUUGGACAGUUUCAACGUACCAAAGUUUGUCCAAUUUGGGUUAAUCCGUUAACAUAUCACAUCUGUGAAUCCUUAACUAGAUGACGGUUGGAAAACCUGGCAGGUGAUAGUAAGAAGUCAGUUUGCCAUUACAUUUUUUUUUUUUGGUUUAAUAGGCAUGUAUGCCUAUUCAGUUAAAAUGAUUCUUGUAAGGGACCAAUAAGUUUCACAGAAUGCAGUCACAGUUUGUUUGUUUUUUAUCAUUUUAAGAACAACUGUUUGACAACUUUUGCUAAUCAAUAUGCUGACUUAUUGGAAUAUUUUUGUCAUCUACAUGAAAUAAAUUGUAUAUUUUCAAGUGUCAGAAAAGCGAAGUUAUUACAUUAGUUUUGCAGUUUUCUUUUUCUCAAAGGUUGUUUGUCAAAGGAUUUCAAGUAAACCAAUUGUAUUAUGAAUCCAUCUUCUUUUAUUUAUCAUGAAAAUGUAUAACUGAAAUGUGAAUUUUGAAACAAUUAUUUUUGCAUGUUAUAUAUUGUUUUUAUUAUAUUUAUAAAAUAUGUUCAAUUUUAGCCAUUCAGUUUUGAUUUAAUGAUAAAGAGAAAGAAAAUUCACUACAAAACUAAUGUUGGUAAAUAUUGGUGUAAUUUUAACAAUCUUGUUUCCAUUAUUAAGCACUUUGCUUUUCAUUUUUAUAUUUGUAAAAUAUUACUGUUGAGUUCUGUGUGAGUAAAAUGUUAUUCUGUUGUACUGUUAUAAUUGUUUAUUUUCUUGCACAUAAAUGCUGUGUUUCCUUGUUAAGUGUCUUGAUGCAUAUAUAUUUAAUUGUUUAUAAGUACAAAUUCAGAUCCUAUUUCUCUGUCUUUAUUGAAUAUGUUCUGUUUUUGUUUUAUUCCUUUUUGUUUCUGUAUGUGUUGUUCACACUUUUUGUUUCUGUAUGUGUUGUUCACACUUUUUGUUUCUGUAUGUGUUGUUCACACUUUUUGUUUCUGUAUGUGUUGUUCACACUUUUUGUUUCUGUAUGUGUUGUUCACACUUUUUACAGAGUAUCAUCAGUUAUAUGUUUUAUGUUUUGUUUUAAGAGUGCCAUCAAUAAUUAAUUAUCCCCCGCUGAUAUUGUUUUGGCGUUGUCCGUCCGUCUUUCCGUCCGUCUUUCCCUCCGUCCGGAGCCAUAUGUUGGAAGUGCUUUGACCGAUUUCAUUGAAACUUGGUAUGAGUAUAUAUAUGGAUACUAGGAUGAUGCACGCCAAAUGGCAUUGUACACUAUCCGUAAAUAACAGAGUUAUGGCCCUUUGUAUCUUGAAAAAAUAUGUUUUAUAUGCCCCCGGUAGGGUGGCAUAUAGCAGUUGAACUGUCCGUCAGUCAGUAUGUCAUUGUGUAUGUCAGUCUGUCCGUCCGUCCGAGAAAAAAAACUUUAACAUUGGCCAUGACUUUUGUAUUAUUGAAGAUAGAAACUAGAUAUUUGGCAUGCAUGUGUAUCUCAUGAAGCUGCACAUUUUGAGUUGUGGAAGUUCAAGGUCAAGGUCAUCCUUCAUGGUAAAAGGUAAAAAAAAAAAAUUAAAAUCAAAGCGGCGUUCUCAUGAAGCUGCACAUUUUGAGUGGUGGAAGUUCAAGGUCAAGGUCAUCCUUCAAGGUCAAAGGUAAAAAAAAAAAAAAAAAAAAAUUCAAAGCGGCGCACUAGGGGGCAUUGUGUUUCUGAUGAACACAUCUCUUGUUUGAGUGCCAAAUAUAACACUUUUGUGUCCAGAAGCAUAUUGGCGGGGGAUAUCAAUUCAACGAAUUUGCUUGUUAUACCCCGCCAUCGGCAGAUGGAUAUUGUUUUGGCGUUGUCCGUCCGUCUUUCCGUCUGUCUUUCCAUCUGUCCGGAGCCAUUUCUUGGAAGUGCUUUGACUGAUUUCAUUGAAACUUGGUAUGAGUAUAUAUGGAUACUAGGAUGAUGAAUGCCAAAUGGCAUUGUACACCAUCUGUAAAUAACGGAGUAAUGGCCCUUUGUAUCUUGAAAAAAUGCUUUUUUGAGUGUCAAAUAUAACACUUUUGUGUCCAGAAGCAUAUUGGCGGGGGAUAUCAAAUCAACGAAUUUGCUUGUUCAACAUUAAAUCAUCCCAUGAUAUUUUCUAAACUUACCAACCAGGCAAAUAAAAAAAACGAGUCAGUUUAAACAACUUGUUUCUUCAGCCAUUGUUUAAUGGCAGAUGAACAUUCGUAAUUAAAUGCAAAACUGGUAUACCCGGUAUACACCAUGGACAUUUUGGGAACCAAGUGCGACACAGUAAUUAAACUGCAUAACUUUACUAAAUGCUCAUUAUUAUUGUCCAAAUAUUAUACAAAAUACUGUCAAGUCAUUUUUUACUUUCUCUUUUUUUGGGUUGUUGUUGUUCCCUAUUUAACACUAUAUUUUAGCGUUUCAAAAAUGUUUUUAUUAUGAUCAUCCAAUCUCCUGUGGUCGGUGUUGUGUGCCUUUAGGCUUCAAUUUUUAAUUUGUUAACACACUACAAGCCAUAUUUUUCAUUCGAUUUUAAUUAAAAUUGAUCAGAAUGUUUAUCUGGUUACAUUCUUCCAAAAAGUAGGUCACCUGAUCAAGUUUUAGAAAAAUCUGAAUACCGCUAUAGACAACAUUUUAACAUUCAAUCUUGAUGAAACUUAAUUAGAAUGUUAAUCAUGACAAUAUCUAUGCCAAGCUUGAAUCUGGGUCACAUGCAAUUCAACAACAAGCUUAAAUCCUUCAAAACUAUUCUUACCACUCCAGAGGCCACUUUUAUGACUGAUUGCUAAUGAAAUUUGAUUUCUUGACAAUACCUUUGCGAAGUUUUAUUUUGGGUCACAUUUGUCCAAAACCUAGGUCACCCUGUAAGAACUUAGAAAAACCUUGUAACUGCUAGAGAAGCCACAUUUAUGGCUUGAUCUUGAUUAAACUUGGUCAGAAUGGAAAUCUUAACAAAAUCUAGGUCAUGUUUGAGUCUGGUUCACAUGCGUCCUUAAACUAGGUAACCGGAUCAAAUCUUUAAAAAUCUUAAUGACUACCAAGGAGUCAGCAUUUAAACUCAUUUUUGAUGAAAUGUGGUCAGAAUGUUAUAUAUUUGAAAAUACCUGCACAAAGUCGUGUUUCCUGAUGCUUGGUGAUCAGCUUAAGUGUGGACCAUUGUUUUACCUACACCUCAGGUGAGCAAUUCAGGGUCAUCAUGGUCCUCUUGUUUUUUCAAUCCUGAGGUUGCUAAACAUACAAUAAAUUAAGUAUAUCCUUUUAAAUAAAAUUGUGUACAUAAAUUGUUUGCUGAUUAUCUGGAAAUACACAUAGAUGAACGAUUAUAUGGUAUAUAUUUUUGUAGAAUAUUUGUACAUUUUAACUUUCUUUGUUUAUUUAAAUUUAUAGUGAUUGCACAGUAUGUAUUCUAAACUAGAUGUGCCAGAUAAACUUGUUUUGAUCAUUUUUGUUUAUCAUGCUUGCUCAACUACUUGAUCAUGCUCUUCUUAAUGUUCUUGCAUGCUCAUAUCAUUUUCUGAUUUUUAACUUGUGAGACCGGUUAAAAGCAUAAUGUUAAUGCAAUCUAAUAUGAUUUGUAUUUUGCCAUUGUGUUAUCAUAUGAUUUGUAUUAACCAUUUUGUAAUGGAUAUUGUGUCCAAUUUGGAACCUUGACACCGUGGGUACUAAUCCCACUCUUAUAGCGUUCUCAAGAUCUCUUCAAAGUAACCAAGUACUGGUUCUUCCCGGGAAACAGACUUGAGUGUCUCAAUAAGCCCAAGCUAGGCUAUUUAUGCAAUCAAGCGGAAGUUGUAAGGUUUAAACUAAUAAACAUAUGAUGAAUGCUUUUUACCCCUUACUAGGCAACUGAAUAGGUAAAUAUUGGAGGAAUCCUUAAAAGUAUUUGACAUUUUAGAGGUGACUUCAUUAAAACAGAAAAUGCUAUAAAUACUAUACUAUAAAAUAUUGCAAAUUUUGGUUGACACUUUAGGCAGAUGCAUGAAGUUAGUUUUUUCCAUUACAUACUUCAUAAAUAUCUUUUUAAAUACAUAUCAUUAAUCCAAGAAUUUUGUUUCUACAUUUCCUUAGCUAGAAUAGGUUGGGUUAAAAUGUGCGAUAAAAGAGUAGUUUACCGAUACUUGUAUAAUGUUUAUGCAUUUUGUAAAUUAAAACAUGUUAAAAAUAUAUGUUUCUUCCAUAUAGGCAAGUUUGACACUUUCUACAUUUGUUGAGCAAAACACAAAAUAAACAUUUCAUUAUCUAUUUAGAAUGGAUAUUAUCUUAUUAUAUAUCUUGAUGCUAGUUAUGGUUGUUAAAAUACAAUAUGUGCAUAUGGCACAAACAUGUUUCUUCCAUAUAGGCACGUUUGACACUAUUUACAUUUGUUGAGCAAAACACAAAAUAAACAUUUCAUUACCUGUUUAGAAUGAAUAGUAUCUGAUUAUAUAAUGGUUUUUAACAUACAAUAUGUGCAUAUGGAACAAACAUCUUUACUACACUUCAUCAGUUAAGAAGAUUUAUAAGGAAAAUAGCAAAGUGCGUAAUAAAAACAGAACAAGAUGAUUUUUGUUAAGUACACAAUAUUCAAAACCUUUAACUAGACACUUAUUAUUGAAAUGCAAUAAUGUUGAUACUAUAUACAGGGCCGUACCCAGGAUUUUUUGACUGGGGGGGCCCAACCAGGAAGGGUUUGGGAGGGGCUCCCCUCCCUAUAUAUAUAUACUUUUUUUAAUUUGGCACUUUGCAAGGUGAAUUUUAAUGCUUAUAAAAAUGGUGUUUUGUGAUAUGAAUUGAUGGAAUAUAACAAGUAAAUCAGCACAUUUCGGAGUCUUAAGCUUUAAACAUUGGUGUGAAUUCACAACAAUAUUAAAAGCUUUAGAUUUCCGAAACUUACAGGUUUAAACUGACGAUUAUCCACAUCAACUCUCGUAUUGCUUCCACUAUUUUUUUUCAAAAAUCAAUAACGUCACAGGUUUUUUUCUCUGAUUUUUUGGGAAAGACCUUGCCUUGUUUUAAGGAAAAAAAAUGCGCGAAACGCCGAAUUUUUGGGGGAAAUAAUGAAAGUCUUAAAUAAUCAAUUUAACAUAUUUUACUGUUUUCAAACAAAUUCAAGGCAACAGAUAAUUUAAUUAUACAAUAUUUUUCUACACUGGAUCAGGUUAACUUAUAUAAUGAGAUCGAUUUGUUGUUUCAAUUUUCUUAUUUUUAACAAUGAGCCAUUAAUAGGUUGACAUUACUCAAUUCUCGGUACUCAAUUAUCAAUGCGGGGAAUCACGUGGUCAGAUUUGAUAAAAAAUGGCCGCCGAUGCCUCGAUUCAAUGGGAAAUUGAGUCUUCAAACAGGUACAUCUACCUUAUUACUUACUUGUUUUUAAUCGGAUAACGCCUAUCAUAGGGCCAACCGGAACCGUUUUCCGCUGGUUGGUCUGAGUGUGGAUGUAACUCAUGGAAUAUUUCGCGAUUUCCCGACGGAAAACUUUUAAAGACUCAAUUUCUCCAUCGAAUCGAGGCAUCGGCGGCCAUUUUUUUUAUCAAAUCUGACCACGUGAUUCCCCGCAUUGAAUUAUUUUAAAUACUGAAUUCUGCCAAUUUUUUAUCUGUUGCUCGGCAAAUUUAUGAAUCUGUUUUUCUUUUCAACAGACAUGUUAACUAUCUCAUCGUAGUCUUUUUCAGUGAUUUCCUUGCAAAAAUGAUAAAUACUAAGUUUAAAUACCUUUGUCAGUGUUUUGUUCCGGUUCAAAUUCAGGGCCCUAUCUCAAUGUAAAAAGUAUAUAUUGGGACCUAAAAAUUCCCAAAUAAAAGGUGUCCAAAAAAAAAAGUUAACUUUUAUAGAGGAAAAAUACGUCUAGGGGAAAGUGCCUUCUCAAAGAAGGAAAAAAAACCUGCGUCAGCAAUUAUCAGACCAUAUUCUACAACCUCCUGUAGCAGUUGCUUCCAUUUGCUGCACUAAUCAAAAUACAUGUUACAUCAACCAUCGAUAGAUGAAGCAUUCAUGAUCACGAUGGGGGACUGAUCGGGGAUGUGUGUACAAGGCGAUAAGAAAACAUUGCCUAGGGGCUUAUCUCGAUUAGCGAGCGCUAAUCCCCUUGUUUAUCAGGGACAAUAAAACAUAGCUGCUCUUUUGUUUUGAUGGAAAAGUGUACUGUGGGCCCUUGCACGAGAGAAAAAAAUGCAGUGGGCCGAUCAUUUAAAAAAAUCAUAGUUCGACAGCCAGCUGGGGGGGCCCGGGCCCCUGGGCCCAUGGCCUGGGUACGGGCCUGAUAUAAUAAUAUAAUUGAUUACUCUCAUUGUAAUAUAUUAGCGCAUUAACAUACAUGCAAUAGAAAAGUGCUAAUUAUGUCAUACUAAAUUCGCUUUCUACUUAGUGUAUCUGAAGUUACAAUUACUUUGUGGUUCAUAUAUUGUAAACACAUCAAAUUCAACAAGUGAGACUGUCAGACUACCAGUUAAAAGAAUAUCAGAUAAAUGAAAAAAGCAUUCCAUUUAAUCUGAAUCGUUUUGUAAAAUAUGAUAAGUUGAAAAUGUUUUUUGUGAAAGUCAGACUGGUCUCUUUUUUUAUCUUUCUGUAAACUUAAAAUGCAGGAUAGAGACCAAAACCAGACAUUAAUAAUUGUUUACAAUGAUUUAAAAAAUACCCUUGUAAUAAGCAGUCUUGACGCUAACCCCUAGCCCGACAGCCCGGGGCUAGUGAUAUGUAAUUUGGGCUAUUAAAAUUUCCAGAUUCAUAUAGUCGGGCUAGUUGGUUUUAUAAUCUGUUUUAUUAAUGCAUAAAGAUGCGGGCUAGUUCUUCAAAAAUGCUAAAGUGAAGACUGGUAAUAAGAGAUAUAUUGAUGAUGUAAUUUAUGUUAUGUUAUACCAGUAUUUGAAGAACAGAAAUCCAUAUCUCUAUACAUACACCAUUUGUAACUUCACUUUUAUGUACAGUUCCAAAUAUUAAAGAACUAACAUGAAAUGAAUGUUAUUGUUUAUGAUUCUUGUAUGCAAGUUUUUGGAACAAUUUUUUUUUCAGUAACACAUUGCAUAUUAUUAAUUAAUAAUUUAUUAUUUAUUUAUGUUUUAUGCCCCCGGAUCAAAUGAUCGGGUGUAUAUUGUUUUUGGCCUGUCUGUCUGUCAUUGUACAUGUGCGUGUUUGUGUGUCUGUCUCAAAACUGUAACCUUGGUCAUAACUUUUGCAAUGUUGAAGAUAGGAACUUGAUAUUUGGCAUGUAUGUGUAUCUCAUGGAGCUGCACAUUUUGAGAGGUGAAAGGUCAAGGUCAUCCUUCAAGGUCAAAGGUAAAAGAAAGCGGUGCAAUAGGGGGCAUUGUGUUUCUGACUAACACAUCUCUUGUUUUAUUAUGAUAUGUGUUAAUAUGUGUUAAACAUACCUCUUAGCGUGUGUCACAUUCAUUCUUUACAAAGGCAAUUGUUAAACAUGUUAAUAUGGGUGAGCUUCGGAUAGCUAUUUUCAAAAUAUAUUUUGUUUCUCGUUAGUUUUGAAGUGGUUAUACUACUUUUUUGUAUCAGAAAUAAGUAUUGCAUAAAUGUACAGAUUGAAUGUGUUGGACUCAUUUUGCACUGCUCAUGUUAAGUAUUUGCGACGUCAACGCUAUUUGCCGCAAUUAUGUAUGUUUUACGUUGACGUCAUCAUCUUUAUUGUUGUUGACUUUUUAUCAGACGUUAUUAAAGGAUCGAACCAAACAGACGUGUUGUCUAGUUCAUAAGCGAAGUACCACUUCCAUAUUAACAGCUCAUAUUUGAUUAUGUUUAACUCACCUGAGUGAAAUGUGCUCAUAGUUAGCUUUUGUGAUGUUAAACAUGUUAAUAUUAUUUCCCCACCUACAAAAAAAGGGGAGUAUUCUGGAAACACAAUGGAUAUCAAUCUGUCGAACUCUCCAUAGACACAAAUUUGUCCCCAAGUGCUCUCCUUCACUUUCCACCCUUCACAAUUUAAACUUGAAGGCAUUUUUAUGUCCCCCACCACUAUAGUGGGGUACAUAUUGUUUUUGCUCUGUCUGUUGGUUUGUUUGUUUGCCCCAACUUUAACAUUUGCCAUAACUUUUGCCAUAUUGAAGAUAGCAACUUCAUAUAUGGCAUGCAUGUGCAUCUCAUGGAGCUGCACAUUUUGAGUGGUGAAAGGUCAAGGUCAUCCUUCAAGGUCAAAGGUCAUAUAUAUGGGGACAUAUUGUUUCACAAACACAUCGCUUGUUCUUUUUGAUAUCAAGUUGUACUUGUGUGAAUUUCAAAACAAUACGAAAUUUAUGGGCCUUUUUCAAAUUAAACUUUCCACAACAUCAUGGUAUAUAUUAGGGCAUGCAGUAUCUUGUGGUUUUCUUUAUCUGUUGGUGACAAAUUCUAGUUUUUAUCAGAACAACUCAAUUUGCAUCAUCAGGACAUUUUGGGUGAGGUCCAUACAUUAUUUAAUGAGUCAUGUUCUGAGAAAACUGGGCUUAAUGCAUGUGCGUAGUGUCGUCCCAGAUUAGGGACAACACUUUCCGUCCAUACUUGAUUUUCGGUAAGCAGGGACUUCAUUGAAACUAAAAAUACCAUAAAAGCAGAAAGUGUCGUCCCUGAUUAGCCUGUGUGGACUGCACAGGCUAAUCUGGGAUGACACUUUGCGCACAUGCAUUAAGCCCAGUUUUCGCAGAACAAGGCUCUAAUAGUUGCAUUUUAUUAUUAUAAUAAUAAUACAAAGAGUAUCAGUUCAAUACAUGCAUUACCUUUCAAUGUAACCUUUUGCAUUUACUUGAAAUUAACAGGCUCUAGCUUAGUUGCUCAUAGAAGUUGGGAAACUUUCAAGCAUAUCUGCUGCAUGGUGAUAUAGCGGUAUAAUGAUACUCUUAUGUAUUAUGGUAAAAAAACAAACAUAUGUACAUGUAUUUUGAUGGCAAGGCCACAUUUGACAUAAAAAAUGCACCAUGUAAACUAUGUAGAUUCUGUAAUGCCAGUUGAAACACCAGUUUGCAAAGGGAUGAUGUUUGUAUAACCUUUACUUUUGUCUUGUACUGAAUAAAUGUUUACAUGUUUUCAGGAGAUGUGACCUAAAAUUCCAAGAUAUCAAUACAAUGUGAUGGCAUUCUAAGAAUGACAUUAAGCUUUCGCACUGUUUGUCCUUUGCCAGUUUGAAUCCAGGGUUGAGCAGGUGACAUAUGUAUGUUUAGCUUAUACCACAUAUUUCUUCAUAAUUCUGCUGUUAAGGGGCAAACAUUUGUGUACAGAAUUUGAAUUAUAUUAAAAAUAUGUCCUGCAUACAUGUGUGAAAUAUGCUACUGUCAAUGUAAUAUGCUAAUGGACUCAAAAUAGAUGGAUAUAUUGCUUUUUAUAAAACAUCAAAAUAUUUUUUAUUGAGACUCAAACAUGUUCCAUGAAGAAUUAAAAAUGUCGUGUUUGGCAGAGGAAAUUAAUGUAGGAGCCAUAUUAUUCCUAAUGUUUCAUGUUACCAGCAUUGUCUUAAGUCAAACUUAAUUGAGUUGAAAGGGUUGGACACUUUAUUUAUUGAAUAAAAUUUCAUUAACA